AUGGCAUCUGCACCGUCCGCCCGCCGCCGACGCGGUGUGACCCCUGUCGACGCGACGACGACGGCGACGACGACGACGACGACGUCUGCCUCCUCUCCUGACGCCGCCUCUGAUCCUUCCUUUGUCCCGACCGCAUCGACGACGUCCUUUUCGCCGCUCGCCGUCGCUGCUCGCAAUGGCAGUCCCGCCGUGCUGCUCGCCGCGCUGGCUCUCUGCUUCGGCGGCCUCACCGGCGACCCCAAGGUGCGACAGGCCGGUCUCGACGCCGACGCCGACAGCACGGCCAUUAUCACACUGGCCGGCCUGUUGGGCGUGGCCACGGCCGUGCAGGUCGCUGCGUCCGUCGUGGGCCUGCCGCCGGCCGGGUCCGUGGCGCCGGCCUCGCAAACCGGCGACAGUGCAAAGAAGCAGCGCAAAGCGCGCAAAGACGGGCGCAAACCCAACGUCAUCGUCACGACGACGCUGUCUCUGGUGCUGACGGCUCUGGCGACGCCGCUGGUGCAUUUGGUGCUGGUGCUGUUUGGGGCACCGUUCCUGGCACAGAUACGCCGCACAUUCUUGUGCGCGGCGCACCUGGCUGUGCUGGGCCUGUACCCAGUCAUCUACACGCGCGGCACAGACGGGACGGGCGCGUGGCGGGCACUGGCGUCGGGGUCGCAGACGGUGAAGCAGCUGGACGCGGCUGUGGGCGGUCUGUGGGGCGCGUGUGCGGGUGCGUGGCUGGGCGCGGUGCCGAUCCCGCUGGACUGGGACCGGUCGUGGCAGCAGUGGCCGAUUACGGUGGUGGUGGGCAUCUACCUCGGACAUGCCGUGGGCCGGACGCUGGGUGGUGUGCUGCAGCGUCGGUAG